ACCUUAUCCGGUACCAACCAAUGACUAUGAGGAAGAAACUCGAAACAGCAUCCACAGCCACAAUCGGAAGACAUUUUGUGGAGUUAAUAUCAACGAUGAUAUAAAUGAUUCAAUGGCGUGUGCUGCUUGAUUUCCAGAGCAACAGAGGUCAAAGUGAUGGCGCACUCUCUGACUAUGGCAGCGGGAGCUGCUGCCUCCGCCACUACAGCUAUACCGAGAAGGGAAAGAUCAGGGAGAGGGGACUGCAAGAGCACGAGCUUCGACUGUUCCUCAUUGUUUCCGAUUCAAGCCAUAUGGGCCGCUGCAGGUCAUUACUGUCAAAAUCAUCGAGCCUCUCCCCAGCAUCACCCUGCCUCUCUGCCUCGCAGGACAUUGAUAAUAAGCGGCACAGCGUUGCUGGGUUUGAGUUCGAGCGAGCUUAGCCAAAAUGCACGUGCCGCUGCGAGAAGGCAGCAGCCACCUCCAUCAGAAGAGAAAAAGGAUCCAAAUGUUAGCGGGGUUCAAGCUAAAGUUGUGGCCAGCAAGAAGAGGAAAGAGGCCAUGAAACAAAACGUGGCCAAGCUAAGAGAGAAGGGCAACCUCGUCAAGUAACCGCCUCAAUAGUUAAUGCACUAGUUUCCUAAACCCCAGUUUCCCAAUUGUGAGUUUCUUGAACCAACCAACGAGCCAAUCAUGCUUUCAUAUUAACCAGACGUGUUUCGCCAACCUAAAAAAAUAGUUGUUCUAUUUACCUGAAUAGUGCAACUUCUUUAUAAAUUUUUGUUACAUAUUACUACGUUCGGCAUUGGUAUCAUAA